UUGUAGCUGGAAAAUUAGCCGACAAUUAUUAGAAACCUCCAAAGCCAUUAUCACCUGCAAAUCGAUUAUCUUACCCGAUAUUAUCGUUCCAUCACUCGCCUUCCAAAGCAACUGCAUACAUUAUACAUACAUACAUAGAUCCCUCAUUCAGAUCCAUCAUCUUCACCUUCAUCAACCCCAAUCCCCCUCAUCAAUUCUCACCAAGUGACUUGCAAAACAAGUUAUUGUAUAGUUUGUUGAUUUCAGGGGGAAAAGGGGUGUGUGUGUUGUGACGGUGAAAUGGGGCCGGUUUAUUAUAUAUUAGUGGCGCUUCCUUGUACUGUUGGGGCGAUUGGAUUGGCGCUUCUUCACAUUUACCGGCAUCUCUUGAAUUAUACUGAGCCUACCUAUCAGCGAUACAUCGUUCGCAUCAUUUUCAUGGUUCCUGUUUAUGCGUUGAUGUCUUUUCUGUCGCUUGUAUUCAAUAAGAGCUCAAUCUACUUCAAUUCUAUCCGAGAAGUGUAUGAAGCCUGGGUUAUAUAUAAUUUUCUGUCACUGUGCCUCGCAUGGGUCGGUGGUCCUGGUGCCGUUGUUUUAAGUCUAACCGGACGCGUUCUCAAGUCAAACUGGUGUCUGAUGACAUGUUGCUUCCCUCCCAUUCCACUAGACGGGCGAUUUAUAAGGAGAUGCAAACAAGGGUGUUUGCAGUUUGUGAUUCUCAAACCUAUAUUGGUGGCGGUUACUUUUGUACUUUAUGCCAACGGGAAAUAUCAUGAUGGCAAUUUCAGCGUGGCACAAGCAUAUUUAUAUCUGACAAUUAUAUACACUAUUUCUUACACUAUGGCUUUGUACGCUUUGGCAUUGUUUUACAUGGCAUGCAGGGAUAUGCUCCAGCCAUUUAAUCCCGUUCCAAAGUUCAUCAUCAUCAAGAGUGUCGUCUUUCUGACGUAUUGGCAGGGUGUUUUGGUUUUUCUUGCUGCGAAAUAUGAACUCAUAAAAAACGCAGAGGAAGCAGCUGAGUUCCAAAACUUCAUCAUUUGUGUUGAGAUGCUUAUCGCUGCAGUAGGCCAUCUAUAUGCAUUUCCAUACAAAGAGUAUGCCGGUGCGAACGUUGGUGCGUCCCAUGGUUUUACAGCUAGCCUUGCACAUGCUUUGAAGCUGAAUGACUUUUAUCAUGACACUGUUCACCAGUUUGCACCAACAUACCAUGAUUACGUGCUCUACAACCAUAGCAGUGAUUCCGGUGAAGAAGGGGGUACAAAGUACAGGGCACGCACCUUUGUCCCAAUCGGUUCAGAGAUGGACGCUGUUAGAAAAAGCAAAGACUUUGCCGCAAACAAGUUAGACGACAUACAACUAACCACCCUGUCAUCAUCUUCAUCGUCUUCAGGGGGCAUCACACCCGAAAAUAAUAAUAACAACAAUAAAAAGAAUAAUACUCGCGUGAAAGAAGUUGAGACCAUGGAUACGUCAUUGCUAGCCGAUGUCUCGGAUUCGCUACCCUUUGAUCUUACACUAGUAGAUAUUGAUAUGUCCACUUACUCUGAUGAAGUACCCGCAGUGAAAGAAUCAGAGACUAGAUGAUCUGGCAAAGAUUUAACUUGUUAAACUAGCGCGUAUUUAGUGGUUUGUGAAUGUUAAUUUGUUAAGAGGUAGCAUGCGGUUGAGGCUUUCGGUUAUCUCGGUUUUCAUAAGAUAUAGUUGCCCGUGUUAGGGUUGUACAUGUCUCGUAAAGAAACGCUUUUUGUCAAUGAUGUUCUUUAUAGAUGUAGUACGUUGUGUGAUUUGUGUGGUGUUUGUUGGUGGCGUUGUACAUUAAGUAAUGUGACGUUACACGACCGUGCUUGGCCAAAUGAUUACUAUACGUCCUAAAUGUUUAAUCUC